CGGUCCAAGAAGUAUUUUAUUCGCCAUUGCUAAGUUUGGUACGUAACACAAAAGAGAAAGAAGCAAUUAACUCUUUUCUUGCCAUUGAAAUUAACUGCUGGGCUUUCUUCAUAACACUUGAUAAUUUGGGAAAAAAACCCAACCAAACAAAAAGUAUACUGUUACAGCAUUAAGGAACACCGAACUUGGUUAGGCAGCUAGAUAACUACUUUGGACUUAUGUGAAACUAAGAUAUACCCGGUGUAUGAUUUCUGUUCCAAAUACUUUCUGGGAGAUGGGAAACUCUUACUCUUCUUGGUUUUGGAAUCCAGCACUUCAAAGCCAAACCACUUCCUUUGUGAUUCUACCCAACUUGAAAAGGAAUUCUUUUGCUGCCGACAGUUACGUGGAAUACUGGGAUUUUAUAAGUGAAGGGUGACAUUUGUAGUAUUCCUUACCCUGUCAGGCUCCUCGCACAUUUUAACUCAUAAUCCUAGGUACCCCUCCCUCCGGAAUGUCACCCCAUUUUAUACAGUAGGAAGUAACUGAGACAAUCUGUCACAUUGCGGUUAUACCCAGAAUACAAUUAGUAAAUAUAACUGUGCCAAAGACAUUAUUAGGUCGUAAGGGCGAGCCUGGGAAGCGAAGGUUACAUUUCACAGGGUCCUCUCCCCAUAUCCUACCAUCCCUGUACGCCUCGCCGCGCGCAUAGUUUCUACUAGGGAAACUUCGCGGCGCGGCCCCAGACUCGCAUUCCUGGGCGACACCCCAAGGGUGGGAACCCACCAAGGACGCGGGGGAAGGGGGAACCCCGGCCGUACUUGGCGGGCAGCGACCGCGUGUGCGUACUGAACCAGCGGCGCGCGGGGACAAGCCAGGCAGCUGGGGGAAGGGGCUCUCCUCGUCUCGCGGUUGCGUCCUGCGCCCCGCCCCCAGCUUCUGCUGGCGCUAAACCCCGGAGAGCGGAGCGUGCUCGCUGAGCCUCCUCGGCGGGCCGGGCCGCGGCGCUGGGCAUGCUCAGUGGGCCGGACCCGGUAGCGCGGCGAGUAAGGACGCGUGGGCUUCCCAGGCUCUGCCUUCACCGGGUUCAGGCCCCGGCCCCGGGCUGUGGGGGUGGCACAGAUCGCCGCCGCCUGGCCCGCGGCCUCCGGACCCCGGAUGGCGCGGGGCCCGUCCCGCUUCCGCCGUUGAGCGCGCGGCACGGCGGGCGGAGGCGCGGGGCGGGGCGGGGCCGGCGGGCGCGCGGCAGGAGGGAGGCCUGGCGGUGGGGGCGGGGCGGGUGGGGGAGGGCGCGGAGUCACGGGGGUGGGGUCAGCGGGAGGCUCGGCAGGCCGCGCUCGGCGGGGCCCGGGGCGGCUCGCGGAAGCAGCCCGGUCAGGGCAGCGGCGGCGACUCCGCGGCCGCGCGGCUCCAGUGAAGCCGCGGUGGGCCUCGUCUUCCGGAGGCCGGCAGAGUUUGUGGUGAUUGUUGCCGCUGCCCGCCCCGGCUGCCAUCUCCUCCUCUUCCUCCUCCUCCUCCUGGGUCGGGCCGGUCCCCUCCCCGCGGCCGCCUCCUCCUGGGCUGGGCCCGCGGCGUCUCGUCCCCUCGCGGAGCCGCCGCCGCCGCCGCCUCCUCAUUCAUCCUCGUGCACCAUAGGCGGCACAGGCUCCAAGAUGUCCAACCGAGUGGUCUGCCGGGAAGCCAGCCACGCCGGGAGCUGGUACACCGCCUCAGGACCUCAGCUGAAUGCCCAGCUAGAAGGUUGGCUUUCACAAGUCCAGUCUACGAAAAGACCUGCCAGAGCCAUCAUUGCACCCCAUGCAGGAUAUACGUACUGUGGGUCUUGUGCUGCCCAUGCUUACAAACAAGUGGAUCCAUCAAUUACCCGGAGAAUUUUCAUCCUUGGGCCCUCCCAUCAUGUGCCCCUGUCUCGAUGUGCACUCUCCAGUGUGGAUAUAUAUAGGACUCCUCUGUAUGACCUUCGUAUUGACCAAAAGAUUUACGGAGAGCUAUGGAAGACAGGAAUGUUUGAACGAAUGUCUCUGCAGACAGAUGAAGAUGAACACAGUAUUGAAAUGCAUUUGCCUUACACAGCUAAAGCCAUGGAAAGGGUAUGAGUAUUAUAGAACAAUUAGAUCCUGUAUCUUUUAGCAAUUAUUUGAAGAAAUAUCAUAAUACUAUAUGUGGAAGACAUCCCAUCGGGGUGUUAUUAAAUGUGAGUACUCUCAGAAAGCCUGAUGUUUAAUAUUUAAUGCUGUCCUAUUUAAAAAUGUCCAAACUGUUAUCAUUGCAGUACACUGACAUUACACCAUUGGCUUUGUGUAUAUAACAUCAGUUUCUUCCUGGUACCCUUUAAUUAUGGGUUUCUAUUUUAUUUGAAUAAAUUUAUCACUGGAAUACAGAUCAAUAAUAUCUGUCAACAGUUAUUUAGAAGAGACUGUCAAUUCUGAUAUGAGUUUCUUUUUCAGAAGAUUGAUUUCUAUGUGGCGGGGGGAGGGGUAUGGGUGUGGGUGUUUAUGUUCUCACGCAUGUAAACUUGAGUACAUAUACACAUGAAUGUUUCAAUCACUAUCAGAAAUUAAAUGGUCUUUGUGAUUUAGUAAUGCAAGAUAGAUUGUAAUGCAAGAUAGAUUGUAUAUUUUUCUCUUUUAAACAAUAAUGGUAACAUUUACUUUAUUUAAAGAAUGUGGGGGUUGGGGACUUAGCUCAGUGAUAGAGCGCUUGCCUAGGAAGCGCAAGGCCCUGGGUUCGGUCCCCAGCUCCAGCUCCGAAAAAAAGAACCAAAAAAAAAAAAAAAAAAAAGAAUGUGAGGGGAAGCCAGGCUUUUAAUUCAGCAGAAGUGAGUGUUUAUCUGUGAUUUGAGGGAGGCCAGCCUGCUCCACAGAGGGAUUUCUAGAACAAUCAGAGCUAUAUAAUUGAGACUGUUUCUCAAACCAAUCAAGAGUGUCAGAGUGAAGUUUUGGUUUAGUUGGAUUUUAGAAACCUAAAUUACAUUUGUUUACCUCCUAAUAAUUAAGCAUGAAUUUUCUUAAAGUACAAUACUCUUUAAGAAGAUUGAGAACGUAUAUACUUAGGAAGAUCCCAGGACAAGAUUUAAUUUGUUUGGAAAGGCAUAGAGGAGGAACAACCAACAGUCAACACAAGGAGCUCGAAGGCCAUUUUGUUUUAACUGUUUCGAUUUGACAGUUGCAUGUCAUGGAGUUUUAGGAAGCCUUUUUACCUUGGUACAGAAUUUCAGAUUGUUUGAAGGAAAAGCCUAUCAGGGAACUAAAUUAAUUUCUUGAACUUAUAUUAGAAUAAGCUGCACUAAUUUCCUGAAGUCCUAAUUGAAUGAAAUGGGGCUUUUUUUAAUGAAUGAAAUUAUAAACCAGUAUAUAGUUAAAUUAUAAAUCAGAGUAUACCUUUUAUACUUGUGAGUUAAAUAUACAUUUCAAGUUGAUUGUGAAACCUCCUGACAUUUGCAAUGACCAGGUUUUUUAUAUGAUGUCUGUCAUAAUCAGCCUUUUCUUUCUUUUCUUUUUCUUUCUUUUUUUUUUUUUUUUUUUUUUUUAGGCUAUCACAGAGCUUCAAAAGAGUGGAAUGAAUAUGAGCUUUUCCUUUUUGAAUUAUGCCCAGUCGAGCCAGUGUAGAAGCUGGCAAGACAGUUCAGUCAGUUACGCAGCUGGAGCACUCACGGUCCACUGAAGCUCCGACCCUCAGGGACGCCACCUGCACAGACUCGUACUCUGUCUAGGGUCCAGCCUAGCCUUUACCAAGAUGUUGGUUCUGGUGUGGGGGGAUUCUGAAACCUCAGACUAAUAGAACUCUUCUUCUUUUCUAGUAGGUGUAGUCCUCCUUAAUUUCAACUCAUUUUAAAAAAUGCUUUCUAGUUUGGGGCAGUGGAAGGAAGGCUGGAAUCAAAAUAUUUGCCCAAUUGGCACACAGUGACUUGUAAAGCAUUUAGCAUAUCUGAAAUUUGCACUCUUUGCAGACUCAUGCACAUAUAUUCCGCUUUCAGAAUAGUUUUGCAAAUUGUACACAGACAAAGGGUGGAAGCUUUUUAAUAAAAAAUUGCAUUUAUAAAUGAUCUGUAUUAGAAUAUAAGAAAUCUCCAGUUACAGACAAUUACUACCCAUGUUGUACAACAGAUACCUUCUAUUUUAGUUGCUAAUAAAGGGCUACACAACUCAAAA